AUGCUUAGUAGUUGUAGUAGUGAUAAUUGGUUCUCUAAUGAAAGUUGGCUUCCACAAUAUGUGGAGAAGCGUACAAAUGCCAUAUUAGGAGAAGAUCAGACAAUUAUAGCAGCUUCGAUGAUUUGUCAUAUAGGACCGGAAAUAGAUACGACAGAAGAACCUAGGCAUGAUUAA